GCAGGCGCAGGCGGCGGCCCGAUGGAGCCCGAACCAGAGCCCGCAACUAUCGAGGUGCCUGCGGGGCGCGUGCUCAGUGCCCGGGAGCUCCUCGCCGCCCGCGCGCGGCCUCAGAAGCUGCCCCAGCGCUCGCAUGGCCCCAAGGACUUCCUCCCCGACGGCUCGGAGGCCCAGGCCGAGCGGCUGCGCCUGUGCCGCGCCGAGCUCUGGCAGUUGCUGGCGGAGGAGCGCGUGGAGCGCCUGGGCAGUUUGGUGGCCGCCGAAUGGAGACCGGAGGAGGGGUUCGUGGAGCUGAAGACUCCUGCGGGUAAAUUCUGGCAGACCAUGGGCUUCUCAGAGCAGGGCCGGCAGCGGCUGCACCCCGAGGAGGCGCUGUAUUUGCUGGAGUGUGGCUCCAUCCAGCUCUUCCAUGAAGACCUGCCCUUGUCUAUCCAGGAGGCCUACCAGCUGCUGCUGACGGAGGGCACUGUGACUUUCCUGCAGUAUCAGGUCUUCAGCCACCUGAAGAGACUGGGCUAUGUGGUUCGGCGGUUCCAGCCAAGCUCCAUCCUGUCCCCUUAUGAGAGGCAGCUGAACUUGGACAGCAGGGCCCAGUGCUUGGAGGAUGGGAUUGGCAAGAGGAAGAGGAGCUCCAGCUCUCGGUCCGUUAAUAAGAAGCCCAAGACCCUGGAGAACGCCCUUCAGGGAGUGGAUGGGACACCCGAGAGCCUGGGAACCUCUAUCCCACCUUCCCUCAACCAGGACAGCCGAUGCCCAGAGGAGAAACCCCAGGAGUCGAGCCCUCUAAAGGGCCCAGCGGGCCUCUCUCAGCCUUUGGGCUCCCUGGAGCCCUGCCCUGGCCUGGCCAGGGAGGUGGUGGGAUGCAGCCAGGAAAAUGGCAAAGUGGAGAAUGGGGUCAAGGGGACUCGGAAGCCACGCUGGAACUUUGAGCAGAUCUCCUUCCCCAACAUGGCCGCAGACAGCCGCCACACCCUCCUGCUUGCUCCAGCCCCCGAGCUGCUCCCGGCCAAUGUCGCAGGGCGGGAGACAGAUGCUGAGUCCUGGUGCCAGAAGCUGAACCAGCGGAAGGAGAAGCUGUCCAGACGCGAACGGGAGCAGCAGGCAGAGGCCCAGCACUUGCGGGAGGAUGUGAACGCGGAUCCCGAGGUGCAGCUCUGCUCCAGCUGGCAGGAGUACAAACAGCUGCUGCAGCGACGGCACCUACAGACCGCCCAGAGCCGCCCCCAGCACCUGUGGGGCCAGCAUGUCACCCCCUUGCUGAGUCCCAGCCAGGCAGACUCCCCAGCCGCAGUCCUUCAACGUAUCUCUGUGCUGCAGACGACACACCUUGCUGAUGGGGGUGCCCGGCUGCCGGAGAAGUCUGGGAGCUUGGAGAUCAGCUUUGAUGUUUACCAGGCUGACGCCGUGGCCACCUUCCGGAAGAAUAACCCUGGCAAGCCCUACGCCCGGAUGUGCAUCAGUGGAUUUGAUGAGCCAGUCCCAGACCUCUGCACUCUCAAGCGGCUGUCCUACCAGAGCGGGGAUGUUCCUCUGAUAUUUGCCCUGGUGGAUCAUGGAGACCUCUCCUUCUACAGCUUCAGGGACUUCACACUGCCCAGGGAUCUGGGACACUGACCAGCUCUGGCACGGCCUGGGGCCUGCUUAGGGGGGGUUGGAGGGGCUUGGACUGUCUACUCUCAGGGACCAUCUCAGCUGCCUCCUACACCCUGUAGCUGCAGGGCUAGUCUGGGCCUUGGCCCCGGGUAUCUGAUGCUUGCAGAAGAGCCACGCUGAGCCCCCCACCUGGCUGCUGCAGCGCUUCCAAGCCCCAGGACUGCCGCCCGCCUGCAGUGAUGUCCUUGGAACUCAGCACUGGAUUCUAGAGACCCAGCGAGGUGCGGCAGAGAGAGGACUCUGUGCCUUGAAACGAGAGGGUGCCUGCUUCCUGCGAUAAAGCCAAAAGCCAUAGCCAUUA